AGCACAAUGAUCAUAUUCAUAUCAUACACUAACAAUAAUUAAACAAAAAAUGGGAAAGCUUUCCAUAAUUAACACUACAUUAAUCCUUUGUUCAAUUGUAUCGAUGGCGAUAGCCGUGGAGCAAUCCCCGAAAGGCGUGGAAGAUUGGUUCGCAAACCUAAAAAAAUCAAAAGAGAAGGUGACGAAACUCCAUUUCUACUACCACAACUCCCGCAAUCCCGACAUGAAUCUCUCCGCCGUGCAGGUGGCGAAGGCCCCCGUCUUCUCGGAGCAGCCGCCGUACUUCGGGGUGCUGACGAUCACGGACGACCCCCUCACGGUGGGGCCGGAGAUCUCGUCGAAGAGGGUGGGCUACGCGCAGGGCUUCUACGCCACGUCGUCCUUGGAGGAGGUGAGCAUGCUCAUGGGCCUCACCUUUGUCUUCACGGACGGCGAGUGCAACGGCAGCACGCUCGCCGUCCUCGGCCGUAACCCUAUCGGGGAACGAUACCGGGAGCUGCCCGUCGUCGGGGGCACCGGCGUCUUCCGCCUCGCGAGGGGGAUUAUUACCUUGCAGACAUACUUCUUCAACUUCACCAUGGCUCUUGCCAUUGUUGAGAUUAAUGUCGUCGCUUUGCAUUAUUAAUUCUCUCUCUCUCUCUUGUGUUGUUUAUUUAAUUAUUUGAGCAUGGAAUAAUGCACGUUGAUGUCUUGUGAUGAUAUUAUAGUGCACACUCCUAUUUAUGAUCAAAUUGUAGGUUUUUUCAUUUUC